GAGAGAGAGAGAGAGAGAGAGAGACGCUGAGAGUGAAGGAAAAUGGUGUCGGGUUCUGGGAUAUGCGCGAAGAGGGUGGUUUUGGACGCAAGGCACCACAUGCUGGGGCGCUUUGCUUCGAUCGUGGCAAAGGAGCUGCUGAACGGGCAGAAGGUGGUGGUGGUGAGGUGCGAGGAGAUAUGCAUCUCCGGAGGACUGGUCCGCCAGAAGAUGAAGUACAUGAGGUUCCUCCGCAAGCGCAUGAACACUAAGCCCUCUCACGGCCCCAUCCACUUCCGUGCCCCUGCCAAGAUCUUCUGGCGCACCGUCCGCGGGAUGAUUCCACACAAGACGAAGCGUGGGGCAGCGGCGCUUGCCCGAUUGAAGGCAUACGAGGGUAUUCCCCCUCCGUACGAUAAGACCAAGAGGAUGGUUAUACCCGAUGCUUUAAAGGUGUUGAGGCUUCAGAAGGGGCACAAGUACUGCUUGUUGGGCCGGCUCUCAUCCGAGGUUGGAUGGAAUCACUACGACACAAUCAGGGAGCUGGAGAAGAAGAGAAAAGAGAGGGCUCAGGUUGCAUAUGACAAGAAGAAGCAGCUGAACAAACUUGGGGUGAAGGCUGAGAACGCUGCAGAGGAGAAGCUGGGCUCCCAUCUAGACAUCCUUGCUCCCGUUAAGUACUGAAAUUUUAGUGGGAGUUGCAUACAGUUUUGACGUGGAUUAUGUUGAAAUGAAUCUCCUGUCAGUUUUGUUGUUUGCUUGAAAUGGUAAUUUUGAUAAAUUAUGAUUAACUACAUAUUUCUAAUGGGUCUUUUUUUUUCUUUUUUUUUUUAAUAUUUUUUAAAGGAAAGAGAGGAUACUCACAUGUCUAAUUGGUUGUCUGUAGAAUAUUCAUAAUUUUUAUAUGCUCAAUUGUUGAUUUCAUGCACCCUCAUGUCAGGGUGUCUCA